AUGGAAUCGGAAGAAGAAUGUCUUGCAUUUGUACCAGAGUCUCUCAAGUGUUUUUUAAAAGAAAUAUUUGUGGACAUUGGAGUGAAGCUGGCAUCAAUUGGACAGGCUAUUAUACAAGCAUCUCAUCCCAGGGUUCUACUUGCGCCACUCCAAAUUGGUUUGGCAGUGCAGCUACAUCACCAUUUUGCAUCACGUUUCCUAAUAGACUCACUCCACCGUCAUGGAUUCUGUAGUUCAUACUUAGACACACAACGAUUUGGACAGAAUGCAGCAAUAUAUCAAGGGACAGACAUACCCAACUUCUCAAGUGAGUUUGUUCAGUAUGCAGCAGACAAUGUGGACCAUAACAUAAGAACCUUGGAUGGAAAUGAUACAUUUCAUGGUAUGGGGAUAAUAGCUACUGUCACUCCAGGUACUAAGCAAACCAACUGUAUUCCAAGAGAAAAUGUUAGUCCAAAAGAUAUAUCCACAACAGGACACAUUCAAAUACAGUUCCAUGUAGUCGAAGGCCAGGGUAUUGCUGAAGUGAAGUACAAGGAUACAGUCUCCAAGACAGCUGAAGAUCCAACAGCAAAUCUCGAAAUCAUUUGGAAGACGUCACUUUUGUUUGGUCCCUCUAGACCUGCUUGGUCAGGAAUGAUGCAGUUUGUUCAUCAUGGCAACCAUCCUGGUAAAUCAUCAGUGGGCUCAGUGGAAACAAGAUGGCCGAUGCAAAAAGUUAAAAACAUUACAAGAUUGAAAAUGAUUAUCAAGGACAAUGAUGACAUUGGUGUAAAUAAUAAAAUAAAUGUGUUUUUUGUAAACGAGAUUGCAGAAAGAUGUGAGAAUCUUCACAAGAUGGAUAUUAUCAUCAUCAACAAUGCUCUUGUUGAGAAGUCACCAACAUUUUUUUCUGAUCACGGCCAUAAAUUUCAACUGCUUAUUGAUGCCAAGAAAGUCAAGACAAAAAUUAAGUUUCAGAAAGCCAGUUCUUACCCGCCUGAUUCUCCAAUCACCACAUCACCAAGAUGCAAACCAAAGGUUAGAACAUACAAGUACAUACCUCUGAAUGAGCUGAAGGCAACCAACAGUGUUGAUGUAUAUGGUGUUGUAAAAUUCUUUAAACCAGCUUUCAAAACUAGAGGCACGGAUUACUGCAUGAUGGUGACUAUUGUGGAUCCGUCUCUGGAGCAGAAUGCCAACGGAUUGAAGUGUGUCCUCUUUACAAAGGAGCAAGAAAUGUUACCCCAUGUGCAAGCAAUAGGAGAUAUUGUUAGAUUGCAUAGAAUAAAGAUUCAGAAAUACAAUGAUGAAUUGCAAGGUGUGAGAACGCAUGGAUUUUCGUCUAUAACAUUCAGUGGCAAUAUUGGUGCUCCAAUAGAACCCAGAACAGGUUGUGCCAGUUAUACACUCAAUGAUGACGACCGUGAACAAGUGAGAGCUCUUAGAUUAUGGGCAUCUAAACAGUCUAAUCUUAGGACUUCUACUGUGAAAUGCACGUUUGCUGAUGUUAUUGUUGGUCAGUUCUUUGAUGUAGUUUGCCAAGUUGUUGGGCUGAAGCUCAUGGAAGAGAACUGUUGUGUCUUAUUUAAAGUGUGGGAUGGCACAACUUGUCAGAGUCAAGUUCAUUGUGUUGAUACUUCAGAUGAUCAAGUGAAAUGGGCCAAUGAUGAAAUCAAGACAAAGUCAGAGAGAUUUUUAUUGGAUGUAUGUUGCUAUGACAACCACAUGGAAGCUGCUAGUAACGUAAAGCCAGGUCAAUUUGUGUUGAUACACAACCUCCAUGCUGCCAGACAUAAAGAAGAAAAUUCAUUGAAUAUUUCAUCUGUGAUUGAAUUCUCAUUGCAUCAUGGCACUGCUUAUGGAAGGGGAUUAACAGUACUUACAUCAGACAGCUGGGAAGCACAGCAAGUGAAAAGAACCAUGGAAAUAUCGACUGCUGCACAGAAUACAGUUACAGACGUGGGACGAAAUCCAAGACCUGGAAAACAUAACGUGGUUGAUGAUGUCAUCACCAUUGUUGACAGCGAUGAUGACAUGAAUCAAGUUAAUGAUUCAGUCCAAUCACAGAUGGUUAUCAUUGAUGACGAAGUUUUUAUCAGGACUAAGAGAAAAAAACAGAGUAACCCUUUAACACCUAACAAUCCAGCACCAAUCAUUGACCUAGAUCCCUCCAGUUCAUCUGUUGAACUUUUAGUGCCCAAUAAGAAGAGUGGUGCCCAGGUGCACAGUGAAAAGUCCACCAAUCAAAACUCACUUGUUGAGUUACCCACCAAUCAGAAACGAUGGAUGCAAGAAUCAGCUUCAGUUAUAACGCAUCAUCAUCAUAUUAGUCCUGUGCGGUUACGUGAUGUCACAUGCCACGCCGUGCCCUACAAGUUCCGCAUCAGAGCCAUGGUGCUGUCCUAUUUUCCCAGGAAGGUUAUUGACUUUGUACAUCUACAAUGUACAAAAUGUAGAUACAGCUGUCCUGUACCAGAUCCUCAAUCAUUUGAAAGUCCAUCAAAGCGACAGAGUGAGCGGCUCCAGAGCAAGACCAGUUCUGACGAGGAGUGCAUUAAAGAUACUUCACGAAGAGUGACAAGAAGUAGUAGACAAGACAAUCCCACGUUGCAUUCACCAAUUAGAACCUCACCUAGGAUUGCUGCCUGUGAUAAUAAAAAAUUACCCAAUGGCUUGGAAAAUGAAGUGCCCUCUAUCAGGAGAUCACCAAGGAAAAGAAGCUUAAAUGCCUGUGAAGGAACAUCACCAAAACGUUCUUCCAAACCAUCAAAACAAGUCUCGCCAAAGUCAUCAAAACAAUCCACACCAAAGCCAUCAAAGCAAGGCACUUCCAAGUCAUCCAAACAACCACAACCAGGCAUGCCCAAGAAAUCAGAAUCAAGCAAGAAAACCAAAGAAGACUUUAUACAUUCCAGCUCGUCACUGCCACCACCACCCCUGAUUCUAGCUUGCACUGUUGGUGAUAUUCCUUUUUACAGAUGUCCCAAGUGUGAGAUGAACAAAGAUGAUAUACGCCUGACGGAUACACCGGAUACAGAGCUUGAAUUCCGGGACACAAAUAAACAGAAACCAAAAUCCAGUAUGUACACAAGAUUCAAAUAUAGUAGUACCGUACACAGAGUUUCAAUUCUCCAGUAUAUGUACUUCUUCCAUUUGUUAAUGUCUGAUGGUACCGAUAAAAUAGAAGUUCUUGUAGGUAAAGAAAAUGCAGAAACAUUAUUUUCUAACAUCCCACCAACAAACCUGUAUAAAGACACUGAAUCACAGUCAUUAUUGGAAGAUCUAAUGUAUCUACUAUGUCCUGAAUCAUUAGAGGAGAUUCCCAGUGAUGCUGCCAAAAAUAGACAAUGGAUGGAAUGCUGUAUAAUGUCUUAUAAUGUUAAGAUUAGACAUGAAACUCGCAAGAAGUAUCAGAUGUUUGAUACAACAUUGGCCCUCAAUGUUGGGUGUUGA